UCCUUAUGCCGUGGUUUCUGAUGCCUGUUUUCCAAGCCCUCUCCUUCUUCCGAAAGCCCGAAGAAAGAGACUGUUAUCAUUGCCGGUAGGCUAUCGUUUUUCCAAACUCGCUCACUCUAAUUGCAGGGGAUGUGCUACAACUGAAUGGAUACAAGCAUACAAGCAGCAUCAAGAGCGAUGUCAAAGAAAGUUGAGACGUAUAGAUGUGGCAUGGAUGAGUUUUGGAAUCGACAGAUCGGCGAAACUUAUCCCAUGGCUUUCGCCCGCCGUAUGGGCGGUUGCCAGGAUCUUAUUCACCGCCUCGAGCUUUCUGUCAAGCUGAGGAAGCAUAAGGGAUGUGUAAACACAGUUAGCUUCAAUCCUUCUGGAGAGCUGCUUGUGUCAGGUUCUGACGAUAGGGAAAUUAUAAUUUGGGACUGGGCUACUGGUAAUAAAAAACUUUCAUUCAAUUCCGGUCAUACCAAUAAUGUUUUCCAGGCCAGAAUAAUGCCUUUUACAGAUGAUCAUACUCUUGUAAGCUGUGCUGCUGAUGGCCAGGUAAGGUUUAGCGAGGUCAAAGAGGAUGGCUGUGUUGACACAAGAAAGAUUGGAAAGCAUCGUGGGCGUGCUCAUAAACUUGCCAUAGAGCCUGGAAGUCCUCACAUAUUCUUCAGUUGUGGUGAAGAUGGAGUUGUCCAACAUUUUGAUUUAAGAGCUCGCGCUGCAACAAAGCUAUUUACUUGCCAUGCUUUCCCCGCCAAAGGGUUAAAGCAUACCCCUAUUGUUCAGCUUAAUGCAAUUAUAAUAGAUCCACGUAAUCCAAACUGUUUUGCUACUGGUGGUUCUGAUGAAUAUGCUCGUCUUUAUGAUAUUCGGAAUUAUCAGUGGGAUGCAUCAAGUAAUAAAGAUAAUCCCAUCAACUCAUUCUCACCCCAUCAUCUGAUUGGAAAUGGCCACGUCCACAUAACUGGUCUGGCUUACUCUAAUCAAAGUGAGUUACUUGUGUCAUAUAAUGAUGAGCUUAUUUACUUGUUUCAAAAGGUGAUGGGCUUGGGACCAUGUCCAAAUUCUUCAUCUGAAACAUCAGAGGAAACAGAAGCACCACAAGUUUAUGAGGGACAUCGAAACUUCCGGACUGUGAAAGGUGUAAGUUUCUUGGGUUCUAAUACUGAAUAUGUAAUGAGUGGAUCUGACUGUGGUCAUAUAUUUAUUUGGAAGAAGAAAGGUGGCCAGUUGGUGCAUCUAAUGCGAGGUGACAAAGAUGUGGUUAAUUGUUUGGAACCCCAUCCCUAUAUGACUGUUCUUGCCACAAGUGGAAUUGAGAAAACCAUCAAAAUAUGGGCACCUACGGCAGAUCGUCUGCUAACACUUAAUGGUGAUGCUGAAGAGCAGGUGAUGAAAGCCAAUAAACGUAAAAGGGAGCAGUAUGCAGACCACUCAUUCCCAAGUGAUUUGAUUAAGCACAUAUUAAGAAUACAAAGAAGACGGUCUGAGCCAGAUUUUGAGAGAAGUUAUUCAAGAUCAGAUUAUGAAGGUGAAGAUGAGGAUGAUCAUGAUGAAUAUACCGUGGACUUCAUGACGGAGAGCGAUGACUCAUCUGAAGAUGGAGAUCAUCUCAGUCCUCAAGAUUGUAUUAUUAAUUAAUUGUUCAUGUUAUGGGUAGAAUGAAAAUUUUAGUAAUCAGCCAAUGAAUUUUUCUUUUUGCUUGUUUUUGAUUACUUAAGGUGAUGUGCAAGAUCCAUAAAUAACAGCACUGAAAUCUAAAGUUAUGCAAGAAUGUUUGCAUACAGUUACGCUUCUGCUGGAAGAAUCUGAUAGAUGCCCAUAAGAUAUUAACAUGUAUGAUAAAAAGUAUCUACAGAUUUCUUACUGGUGCUGUGGUAAUAUAUAUGUUCUUUAUUUUCCAUAAUUGGUAAAUGUGAAUAUUUUCUUACCCCGGUCCA